AGAGAGGGAGAGAGAGAGAGAGGGAGGCAGCAGCAGUACCGGUCUCUCCUUCACCGCAUCGCCGCCGUAGGAGCGCGGACCCCGGCGCGGAUCCCCCGGACUGCCUCGCGCUUCACCUGGUAACGCAUGAUGUCGGUUACGGUACAGCGGCGGAGAGUCUCGUGCACAGAUCCCGAAGAGAUGCUUCAACAUGAGCGUGUGGAUCAGUAGAAGACUGUCGUCUGGAGUCGGUUUCAGUGGGCGGGUCUAAGAAGGUCACCUAUCAGAAGAGCAAUACAUGCUGCUGUUAACUAGACUCAGUCGAUGCUGCUGCCCUGCACCCCGCACUCCAGCACUGCGGGCACCAUGAUAGGAUAACAGGAGGGUGUGGUCAAAGGGGCCGGACAUAUAUCUCGAGGGGCGGGGCUUAUCAUUCACUGGUGAGAGGUUGGUCUUGGCACGGGCACAGAGGGCACCAUUCCGUUACGGGCGGGGGGGAGGAGGAGUGCGGUCAGGCGGCUGGUGGCCCUUUGGAUGAUGACCAGCCUGUUCCGCCGCAGCGCCAGCAGCAGUGGCAGCCAUGGCAGCAGCUCACGAGGGGCAGGCGGCACCGGAGCCCCACCCGAACUCAACAACAGCAAAGCGCCGCGCCAAGUGCGCCGGCUGGAGUUCAACCAAGCCAUGGACGACUUCAAGACCAUGUUCCCCAGCAUGGAGCACGAGGUGAUCGAAAGCGUCCUGCGGUCCAACAACGGCGCCGUGGACUCCACCAUCGAUCAGCUGCUGCAGAUGAGUCUGGAGGGGCAGGGCACUGAUGACAGCUCUGAUUCUGAUGACAGCAUCCCCCCAGAGGUUCUGGAGAGGACGUUAGAGCCCGACAGCUCAGAUGAGGAACCCCCACCUGUGUACUCACCACCCUCAUAUGACAUGCACAUCUACGACAGGAAACACCCGGCAGACCUGCCUUCCAUUCCCCCGCCCAGGUUUGAUGCCCAUCCCCCGCCUGGGCAUCGGCAGGUCGGCGGCUACAGGAACUGGAACCCGCCGUUACUAGGCAACCUCCCCGAUGACUUCCUGCGGAUUCUGCCCCAGCAGCUGGACAGUCUGCAGCGUUCUCAGAGCAGCCUGUCCCAGCCUUCCUCCUCCUCAUCCUCACUGUCCUCCUUGACCCAGUACUCGUCUGCGUCGGGCAGCGGGGCGGCUCCGGGCGUGUCGGGCUGGGCGUCGGAGCAGGACCGGAAGCUGAAGCAGUACCUGGAGGACGAGCGCAUCGCCCUUUUUCUGCAGAACGAGGAGUUCAUGAGGGAACUGCAGCGCAACCGAGACUUCCUCAUCGCCCUGGAGAGAGAUCGUCAGAGGUUUGAGUCUCUGAAACCCCACGGCUAUCAUUCAUCCGCUUGCAUGGAGAGAUGCUCAGAAGGAGAUCAUUGUGCCUCAGGGGCUGAGGAGGCCUGCACCCCUGUCUCAGAUGAUGCAUUAUUCCGUGACAAACUCAAGCACAUGGGCAAAUCUACAAGAAAGAAGCUUUUUGAAAUAGCCAGAUCUUUCUCUGAAAAAACACGGUGGAAAAAGUCCAAAAAGAAGGCUCUCCUCAAGCAUCAGUCACUAGGCACUGCAGCCUCCACUGCCAAUCUUCUGGAGGACGCAGAGGGACUCCCAUCAGAGGACGACGGCCAGCUCAGGAGACCAGGCGCUCAGGAAAAGGACCAGCUGAACAAGGAAGUGGUGUCAUGAUUUUGUUUCCACACCACUGCCGUCGUUCGUGAUGGUGGGACAGUCUUGCCCCUCCCCCUCAUCAUCCGUAUCGGCGUGCAGCGAGUCCGAUUGGGUCUUGGAGCCAUGCUCAACCAAAAAGGGUGGCGUUAGCUGAAGACACUGCGCUAAGUGUCACGUUAACAAGCCAGACGACAAGGAAACCCAUCCUCCGCUUAGGACUCUCAUUUAUUUGCACCUUGUGAUAAUGACUUAAGUUCACCCGGAUCAUGAACUCAGCGCAUUUAGAUGGGUGUUGUUGUCUUCAUGAUUCUAGCGGCUCAGUGUUGACUGUUUAGUCUAGCGCUCCCUUGUGGCCAGGUUCAGGUAUCGUUAUUGGGGGGCUUAUUUCUGGUCAAUUUCUGAAAGGGGGCUAAUGUGCUGAUCAGUGUCUCAUUUGUGCUGAGACUCAGGACUCCACCUACAAGCACAAACUCCUCCUACAUGUUCGCCACAGCGAGCACAUUCUCUGCAACAGUUCUCUGCGUCUAAACUCAGGAGCAUUCAAAUGACCACUUGCUUCCUAUGUAUCAUCAGUGUUUUAACAUGUGUAUUUAUAUAUGUACACUCAUUGACGGAAAAAAGAAACGCACCCUAAAUUGGCACAAAGCUGGGCAUGCAGAUGUGUUUUGGGCAGAUACGUAAAUGAUUACAGGUGUCAUCUGAUUAGAUGAUGGGUUUUGCCACAAGAGGGCAUAAAAGUCCUUCCCCUGCCAACCAAUAAAAAGAGAGACUACAUUUUGGUGGUGUACCUCUUGGUCAGAGAUUGUUGACUGUUGGAGAAGCCUCUACAAUGCACCUCAAGACAUUUUGGACAGUUAGCAGACAGUUAAUUGUCUUUAUUUGCAGUGGAGUCACAAACAAAAAAAAUCUUCCAACUUCAAUUCUGCCUCGUGAUACUGAUAAUAUAAGCAGUACAUUGGCAAUGGCAGUUUUCUGUAGGAUAAUCACCAGAUCUAUUGCCAAUUGAGAAUUUAUAAGACCAGCUGGGAUGCAAGCUUCACCAAUCUACGAGUAUGCAGGAUCUACAGGCCCAGCUGCAACAUGUGUGGAUAAAUAUGCCUGUAUGCUUCCACUCCCAUCCGUAUCCAAUCGUUCAUCCAGGCACCAAAAAGGAGACUAUAGCAUCUCUCAAUUAUACAGUUUUAUUGGAAUCCAACAACUCACUCUUGGUGCAUUAUUAUUUUUGUCAAUGAGUGUAUAUACACAGAUGAGCCAAAACAUAAUGCCUAGUAUGCUGUCCUUCCUCAACAUGCUGCCAAAAUAGCUCAGUCUGAAUAACUCUGGUCCUGGUAUUUAUGGUGUCUUUCACCAGGAUGUUCCAUCAGAUCCUCUAAAGUAGACUUCAGAGUGGACUUGACAUUCCAGCGCCCCUCACAGGAAGAGGGUACACAGGUACCUGUCUGUCAACAUGGUGCAUAGAAAGCAGACAGGAUAGCAUUCAUUGCUUGGUUCUAGACCAGUACCCCCUCAGACCACUCAGUAGUUCAGCUGGUGCUCACCACAAGAUGACCAGGAGACCACAGGUUUGGAAAAACCUCAACCCUGGUCAAUCCUGGACAAAACAAUUUGUUCCCUGUCAGAGUGGCUUCCCACUGCCCAUUUCACCAAAUCCUGUUGAGUACAAGAAUUGACAGUUCAGUUGACAUCAAACGUACAUCCCAGACCAUUCUAUGUUCUGAGGCUACAGCAAUUGAUGUUACAAUGAUUAUUUCAAAAAUGUCAUUUGCUUCAGCUAUGGGUUGUUUUACAACAGUUGCUGUUACAAAAUGUUAUUCACUUCAUCAGUAGGUUGUUGUUACAAUUUCUGUUACAACAAUCGCUGUUACAACAGUUGCUGUUACAACAAUGACUAUUUCAAAAAUUUAAUUUGCUUCAUCUAUGGGUUGUUUUACAACAGUUGCUGUUACAACAUGUGCUCUUACAACAGUAGCUGUUACAACAGUUGCUGUUACAACAAUGGUAUUCCCUUCAUCAGUAGGUUGUUGUUAAAUUUCUGUUACAAUUGCUGUUACAACAGUUGCUGUUACGACAAUGACUAUUUCAAAAAUGUUAUUUGCUUCAUCUAUGAGUUGUUUUACAACAGUUGCUGUUACAACAGUUGCUGUUACAACUAUGUUAUUCACUUCCUCAGUAGGUUGUUACAAUUUCUGUUACAACAGUUGCUGUUACAACAGUUGCUGUUACAACAGUGACUAUUUCAAAAAUGUUAUUUGCUUCAUCAAUGGGUUGUUUUACAACAAUCGCUGAUACAACCCUCACUGUUAAAACAACCUCUAUUACAACCAUCACUUUAACAACAUUACACUUGUGGGUUGUUGUUACAAUUUCUGUUACAACAACCACUGUUAAAAUGUUAUUCGCUUUAUCUGUUGGUUGUUGUUAUAACAAUUGCUGUUGCAACAAUCGCUGUUACAAAAACUUUAUUCACUUCACCUGUUGGUUGUUUUUACAAUUUCUGUUAUAACAACCACUGUUAAAACAACGUUAUUUGCAUCAUCUGUGGGUUGUUGUUACAACAAUUGCUGUUACAAACAAUUGCUGUUACAACAAUCGCUGUUACAAUAGUCAAUGUUACUACAACGUUAUUCACUUCAUCUGUAGAUUGUUGUUACAAUAAUUGCUGUUAAACUAUUACUUAUAAUAACAAUGUUAUUUGCUUUAUCUUUGAAUAGUUAAGUUUUGGCUCAUCCGUGUAUUACCAAAGCUGCCCUUUCUUCUGUCCCUUCUUGUCUGCAUCUUCACUCUUGUUGGGUUCGGUGAAGCCUCCUCAGAUAUGUCCUCAACUCUCCAUAUGUCUUCAUAUGGUACUUCAGUGUGAAUGGGCCACAGCAGCGUUGGUCACCAGACUGAACUGGAGCUCUUCUCCCUGUUGUAAAUCCUCAUCGUCAUUCCGUCACACUUACUGUUGCCUCUUCUGUACAGAUGGUCUACUUAGAUGAAUUCAGCUCUUUCUUACUUAUUAUUAAAUUAUAUGAAAUUAAAUGAAAAUCAAUUCAAUUAAAUGAUCUUUUGGAAAGCAA